UUCCAGCGACGGACACGCCUGUCCCCGGAAAAGGCCUCAGAGGCAGCUGCUCUGUUAGCUGCGAAGCUAACACGGUUUCACAACUUGUCAACUAACGAUGAAUCCACCUGUUGUAAUGGAAUUUUAAACAUUCACAAGUUAAAUAAGAACCAACGCCCAUCGGUGACUUCAAGAUGCACCGGUGCCCCGAUUGUUCCAAAACGUUCCCAUCGCCGUCCAAGCUGAAGAGACACCAUCUGAUCCACACGGGCCAGAAGCCCUUCAGCUGUGGAUCCUGUGGGAAAGCCUUCAACCAGUCCCAUCAUUUAAAACUACAUCUGCAGAACGUCCACCGCUCCCGGCCGCCAGCGGGCACGCCACCGGAGGUUACUUCAGCCAAUCACCAGCGACCAAGCUGUGAUAAACCAGCGGCGGGGACGAGCACACGUGGCAACUGGGCUGAAAUCCCAUCGACUGUGACUUCCUCUGUGGCCUCCCAGCCCCAGUGGAGAACCACAACUGUUUGUCUUCCCGUGUCAGAGACUGGAAACCAGUUCAAAUCCAUGUCCCAUGGAACUGAAGGCACAGCGCCUGUCUCGUGUGAUGUGGAUCCGGUGCAUCAGGAUCAGGUUCAUCCUGCCAAAAGACACACCUGCAAAGUCUGCUCAAAGUCCUUUCACUCAUCUCUCCAGCUGUGGAUUCACCUUCCAACUCACAACAAGUCCAAACCGCCCCCUGGGAGGGGCCAGAGCAUCUUUAAGAAGGGCCCGUGGAGGAUGAACUUUCAGUCACAGGAAUCCAGAAGCGCCAGUAAAAGAAUAAUGUCUCUGAGACACCAGUGUCCUAAAUGUCUGAAAGGCUUCUGCUCCCCGUCCAAGUUGAAACGACAUUUCCUCAUCCACACGGAUCAGAAACCUUACUCGUGUUCAAGUUGCUGGAAAAGCUUCCGACAGAAGGGCCACUUGAAAACUCAUUUAGGCUCAGAAAAUAAAUGCCCACUCUCUGCUGCCAAUGCGAGACUGAUUCUCCCCAAUGACAGUAGAGCCUCACGUCUGCAGCCUGAGAUGCAGCUUCAGCGUCCAUCCAGUCAUCAGGACUCGUCAGUGGAGCUCAAGCUACAAUGUGAGAUACGUGUGAAUACUCUGCACGAACUGAACACGACUGAAAUCAAGUUAAAUUCAUUAGUAAAACCCGAGCAGACGUUAAAUCCGAGCUUUCAGUGUCACGAGUCAGGAGGACAAGGGUCGCAGCACCUGACACAAAAAGAUGUGAAACCAUUCCGAUGCUUGAUCUGUAACCGAUCCUUUCGUUUAGAGGUGAAUUUAAUCCGUCAUGGAAGAAUUCACUGGAACCAGAAGGAAUCGGGAAGUCCCACCUCUGUGCCAAACUGUCAUAAUGUGAAAAUGUCCAAUUCGGACGCAAUCACACGUGUGCCUGAGCCCGAACCUGCCGACCUCAUGGACUUCAACAUCAUUGUUAAACCAGAAAUACAGAGAGAGGAUCUCCGGGACUCUUUUCCUCUGGAGGCUGCGUCUGCUCCACCAGCAGAACAGCUGAGAGCAACAACCCAGCAGCGUAGAAUCAACCCUUCACAUCAGUGCCGCUCGUGUUCCAAAGGUUUUCCGUCCCCGUCGAAACUCAGGAGACACAUGAUGAUUCACACGGGACAAAGGCCCUUCAGCUGUGAGUUGUGUGGAAAGCGCUUCCGGCAGAAAACCCACCUGAGGGUUCACUGUCGCACUCACCUGUUGACCAGGUACCAGAAGCAGAGGUCGCUGUACAUCAACCGGCCGCCUUCACGCAGCGGUGGGUUCCACACCAGGCCGGCAGCAGACGUCCCGGUCCAGGAAGUGUUGGGACAUAAAAAGUGUAAUGAGACACUUACUAGUUGUGAUGUGAUCUCCGCAAAACAACCAGUUCAGACAACUUCUACAGCAAGUGUUCAGAAUAAUGUCAAGACAGAAUCAGGGAUCCAGUUGUUUCCACAAACCUCCAAGAAAAGGGAGGUUUUGCCGUUGAUUACAGCUCCGAGAGUGAAUAACACCCCGACUGCUAAACCAGUGCAAAUUCAUGGCAACACGCGACACCAGUGCUCCCAGUGUUCGAAGUGUUUCCCGAGCCCCUCUAAAUUAAAAAGGCAUGAGAUGGUACACACAGGCCUUAAACCAUUUCGGUGUCCCACAUGUGGGAAAGCUUUUAGGCAGAGGACACAUCUGAAGACACACGAAGCGGGACAUUGUACGAGGAGACCGUCCCAACCUGUCAAUCAGCAGGCGAGCAUCAAAAAACUGAAAAUAAAUAAUCAGCAGCCGCAGCAGCAGCUUUACCCGAGGAUCACUGUUUGUUUCCCUUCUCUGCACCACUCUGUAAACACAAACACACACACAGUUAGUAAUGGUGCGACAAGUAGAGACAAAAGUGUGCAGCAUUGUACCGGGCCGGAAAUACCUAACGCAAAAGUGAACAGUCCCUUUAAGACAAACGCCAAAAGCACUACUUGUAAAAAGAAGAAGCUUCACACGUGUCGAAUAUGCUGCAAGAACUUCUCUUCCCCCUACAAGCUCUCCAGGCACCUGCUCACUCACUCUGGUGUGAGGCCGUACAAAUGCAGCUUCUGCAGCAAAACACUGACACAGCACGGACAUCUGAAGUUACACGAGCGCAGGUGCAGACACAGAAGCAGGAUCUCCGACUGUUCUCACAGAGAAAUGGUGAAUACCAACCGUCUCCAGGAAAAACCUGUUGAAAACCUUAUAUAUUGUACAAAUUUUAAUUUGGAUGCAGUAACAGAGCAGAGAGAGUCCAGCUAUAGUCCAACCAGCGUCAGCUCGUUUACUGCUGGAGAUUCAGCUUAUUGUCCGGAGGCAAUAGACUGGCUGGCAGUACCGGACACGGGCUUACAAGAGGAGAAUUAUGAACCAGGAGAAAAAGUGGAUCAAGCUGCAGACAGUUCUAAUCAGGCCUCAGAUCAGUUUAGCUAUUCGUUUCCCUCCGAGCUCGCCUUUGAAAUAAGUAAGCUCAUCCAAAAUCAAAGCACUGCAGCUCCACCCUUGACUAAUAAUGUAGAAACACCCCGGCAGCGUGAAGGAGGGACGGCCGAUUCCCUUGAAAACAAAGUGCUCAGCGAUGUGAGCUCUGUGAAUCUACUCCGGACAGAUUCCCGAAGCGGGGACUGGUGUGAGCCGGUGAUCGUGUUUGAAUGUGGCGAGUGCACGACAGACUUCAUGAGCGACGCCCACCUUGAGCAGCACCUGUGUCCUGCUCGGGUUCAACCUGAAGGGACCAAGGCGACCGCCAGGAACCGCUGUGACGUCUGCUUCAAACAUUUUGUCUCCCCGUCCAAACUGGUGAGGCAUUCUCUCGUCCACACGGGUCAGAGGCCGUUCACCUGUGACGUCUGUGGCAAAACCUUCACUCAGAGAUCACAUGUCACAACUCACAGACAGACUCAUUGAGGGUGGGACACUGAGAUGGUUCGGUUUGU